AUAGCACAGAACAAAUGUACAGCAUGGAGGGAAAAUCGUUUAAGACGAUGUUUGGACUACCCACGAGUCCAGAGUCCAGUGAGGAUUACAAUACAGAUACUAGUGAUGAUGAUGUGGAAUUUGUUGGAACUUAUUUAAUGGAAGCCAUGACAGAUCAAGGAAACGUACCGAAUAUAACCUCAAAUUUAGGAAAAAUGGCAACUGUAUUGACAACUCCGCCAAUGUCACCACAGGACAUUCACAACCUGCAACCCAAAGAUAUGCCAUCGCUUACGGCCAUGUUAUCGAACAAUUAUUCUGGCCAUACUCCAACUGGAUACAUUGUGCAUAUUCCCUGUUUCCUGUGCAAGGAACCGUUUAACAACAUUAACAGCCUGAAGGAGCACCUCACGAUGCAUGCCAAGCAACUGAAUGGAACAUUAAUAAAUAAUCCUAGACCAACUACACAAUCAAUGCUGCCCACUGAUCUGUUCAGUGGAGCACCGUUAAUAAGCACGAGCACAGAACAUGCAAUUCCCCUUGGUGCACCAACUCCCAUUCCGCCUACAAGUGUCACAAUGCCAGCAACGGAACCAACGGAGACUCUCACUUGUGAAAUAUGCGGCAGGGUGCUGAGAUCGAUGCUGGGACUGACGCUCCAUGUGCGGAGUCACUACAAUCCGGACCGACAGAAGUAUGUGGCAAAGCCAUUCAAGUGCCAUAUGUGCAGAAAAUCCUACAGACGUCAGUCCAAUUUGCAGAAGCAUAUGACCUGCAGACAUGGCAUACGUCCCAUCACAGAAGCACUACCUCCACUUCCACGACCUACUGCAGAUCCAGUUCCCACCCUAGCUUCUGAUGCGGCUUCAGCUGCAAUCCCAACUGCGGCUGCAACUGCAGCUCCAACAGCCGCAGCAGAAUCUCCAGCAGUUAGGCAAACAGUUCCACGUCCAAUUCAGCCACCGCCAGAUGAUGAGCUGAAUAUCAAGCCGAGCAAAACAAUCAUUUGGAGCACCAAACUGCUAAAUGCCGUCGCCGCUGCCAAUUAUAGUCCUGCCGUGGAAUCCGCCUCCAAGUACAUCGCACCCACGGAGGAGAGCAGUCAACCGUCGAUCUUUAGGCCACCGCCAAAGCAGAAAUAUGCAUUACGUUCCCCCUUCUGCAAUCCAAAUCUGUGGGCGGACUAUGAUAAUCACAUCCCAUAAUAAUCUCGACUUAAAUACUUGUGCACUAUGUGUGCAUGUUGAUUUGCGUUAAGUCGAACGAGUCCAUAUUUAAAUAUGUGCUCAUUGCAAUUGCGAUGACAAGCUGUCGUGGGAAGUUGAAUUCAAUGACGAUGAUAGGGCUCCAUCGUCGGAGGCAAUGAAACGACAUUAAAAUCCGAUUCAAUAUCGCCCCAUAUUCCUCCUGCAAUCGAGUAUGCGAGCGCUUUCAAAGAAACUUUUUGUUUUGUGCUGAUAAAGCAAAAAAUCAUAUAUGUAUAUGAAAUCAGAAACCCACGACACUGUUCAUCGUUUAUUUUACUGGAAAUAAUAAACAAUAAAUGUGAUUACGCUUACAAGUAUGAAGCAUGUCAGCAUAAUGCGGUUGUAGUUGAGAACUGAAUUCAAAAUGGAAAGCAGCGAUAUUGACGUUACUAGUUAUUGUAAGUAUACUAGAAUACUCUGUGCCAACAAAUCGUUAUAUGCAAUAAAAA